AUGUCCAGCGAUUCUAGUCUUUCAGAACAAGUGAAGACCAAUUUGUCACAUUACAAUCUUUGGACUGACGUCCAGGAACACCCGAUCAAAGAUUUGAGUCUUAAGAUUCUAUCAGGAAUUCCCCCAAGUAAAUUGGAUAGUAAUGACAUUGAGAAUCAAAGGGAAUGGAUUAUUCCCAAGCCCAUGUCCCAUAAGGCAAAUUUAACUUUGAAAGAAAUCAAUUCUUGGUUUGUUAGUAUAUCUGAUUUAGUAGAAAGUAAUAACAGUCGACCUAAAAGAGUUACCAUAGGAUUAGUCAACGAUGAUGGAACGGUAGUAUAUUAUUUUAUCCAUGAUGGUGUUGUCAAACCACGCCAAAAUUAA